AAAGCUCUACGUACAAGGAAGGCUCAGUGUUUGGACCGUCCCACCAGGCAGCGGGAAAAUAAAAUCCCCCGGCAGAUCGCUUCUGGCCUCUGCUGUAUCUUCGUCGUCAACUACAUUGUCCUCCUCCUUCUGCUGCUCGCUACCGUCUCUCUCGUAUAGCCAGCCAUGGGCAAUCUGUCGAGUUGCUUCUCGGUGAGAGAGGAAGAGGACGACGAGGACGAAGAGAGGAGGAGGCGGAGGAGGAAGGCGCACGGCCGUCCAGCGCAAUCGCAGGAGGCGAGGCUCUCGUCCGGGUCGAGCUCCAGGUGGAGAAAGGGAAAGGCCGACGAGACGCUGGCGAUCGCCUCCCUCCUUCUGCAGCAACACCAGGGCGGCCAACGGAGCAACGGCACCCUCGUCCUCCCCUUUGACCGAUCGUCCUCGCUCCGGUACCCUCCGCCAGCCGCUUCCGGCGGCAAGAUCGUGCUCCCGAGGUGCGCGAGCUCUCGCCCUAGGUCCGUCGCCGAUCCCCUGCUCCAGCCUCAGCAUCUCCUUAAUCAGGGUGUCAAGAUGGAUGAAUUAGAGACGAACAAAUUUGUGCUUGUUCAUGGGGGCGGUUUUGGUGCCUGGUGUUGGUAUAAAACCAUAGCUCUUCUUGAAGAAGCUGCAUUCAAGGUCACUGCUAUUGACCUAACUGGCUCAGGAGUAGAUUUUUUUAACUCAAACAACAUUAUGAACCUUUCUCAGUAUGUGACGCCACUUACUGAUUUUCUUGAAAAGCUUGGAGAUGGGGAGAAGGUGAUUUUAGUAGGCCAUGAUUUUGGAGGCACUUGCAUAUCAUACGCCAUGGAGGCUUUUCCAUGCAAGAUUGCAAAGGCUGUUUUUGUUUCUGCAGCAAUGUUGACAAAUGGGCAAAACACCUUGGAUAUGUUCUCUGAAGAGGUAGGUCAUAAUGAUCUGAUGCGGCAGGCUCAGAUAUUCUCGUAUGCAAAUGGUAAUGAUCAGCCACCAACUGCUAUUGAUCUGGACAAGUCUUUGUUGAGGGAAUUGUUGUUUAACCAGAGUCCUUCCAAGGAUGUUGCACUGGCUUCAGUGUCAAUGCGGCCGAUGCCUUUUGCACCAAUUUUAGAGAAGCUCUGUCUUACUACUGAGAAAUAUGGUUCAGUUAGGCGUUUCUUCAUAGAGACCCCUGAAGACAACGCCAUAUCUCUCCCUUUGCAGCAGAACAUGACCAAGUCAAACCCUCCAGAACAAGUUUUCCGGCUUAAGGGCAGUGAUCACUCCCCAUUCUUCUCAAGACCUCAAGCUCUGCAUAAGUACUUGGUUGAGAUUGCCAAGAUUCCUCCAUCACCUACAGGACAAUGAAAAUGUGGAUCAAUUGGCAAUUUUGCCUUCUAAUUCCAGUAGGUGGCACGGAGAACUGGGCUUCAGCGUAGAUGAUGGUUGAGAUCAUGCAUGGAAACAUGCUGGAUGCUGUUGCAUGGGGAUACUCUCUCUCUCUCUCUCUCUCUCUCUCCAAAACAGGAAGUCUGGAUGUGAGUUUCCAACACAUAGUCACCUUCUGCCGUAUUAUUUACUACAGAACUUUACUCUAUGUAGUAGAACCCUGUAAUAAUGCUAUUGCUGUAACUGGUCAA